AUGCGCUGGGCCCUGCUGCUCCAGCUGCUCGCUAGCCUUCCAAAUGGACAGGCUGAGGAGCAUUGCAGCCUUCUUCAGGCGAAGACGGCCGCGGCAGCGCUUCAGGUGGAGCGGCCCUACUUCGACCUUUUGAUCGUGGUACCCUCCAACCCGCAACAACUGGCGCUACGCAGUGCGGUGCGACAAGGUUGGGGUCGUUACCUCAACGAAACUGGGCACUGCCCUCGCUGCAACAGCAACCGUACUGUGAAGCUGCUCUUCGGAGUGGGCCCCUUACCGGAGUGGAUGAAGAAUCAAAGCACAGGUGAAAGAGAGAAGGAUCUGGCAGUGCUGCCCAUCGUAGCGGAUGAGUACCACUCCCUGACUGAGAAGAUCAGGAAUUUGAUCGCGUAUGCGCUGGAAAACUACCGCUUUGCGCUUUUGCUGAAGGCUGACACGGACUCUUUCAUCUUCAUGGAUCGUGUCCUCCGAACUUUGGAGCAGAAAAGUCUCUUCGAGCAGCAAGACCUCUAUGCAGGUGGGCUCAUCCGACGUGUGAAGCCCAUCGUGAAUCUCAAGGACCGGCACGCCAAGUGGGCGGAUUUGCACUACACGAACCUCACUGGGCACAAGCGGUUUCCCCAUUACGCAGGGGGCUUCGGGUAUUUCCUCAGUCCUUCACUUUGCCGCUACAUUGCCACGCACAAGACCUCACCCAUGCUGCCGGAGCUCACUGCCUUGGCCAACGAGGAUGCUUCCGUGGGCUUUUGGCUGCAGCCGGUGCAGCAUCAAGAGGUGUAUUUGCCCGUUUCCAAGAAUACCACCGGCUGCCACGACAGGGAUGUGAUGAUUGACCACGAGAUCUCGAAGGAAAGGAUGCUGCACAGAGGGAAGAAGCUGAUGAAGCAAGGAGAUCCUUGCUCUUGA